GGCAUAACGAAGCUUAAUACAUUAUACGAGUUUCUGCCGUAGCAAAUGGUGGUUAGCUGUUCGUCAGUCACGAUAUUCCGAAGCUCUGCAAAAAUAUUGCCGUUAUGGGGUUAUUAAAUGUACAAAAACAUUCAAAAUAUCAUAAAAAUCGAACGUUGUAAUUUAUAACAAAAAUAUACUCUUGAGGGGAACGGGGGAGCAAGAAAGAAAGAAAGAGACAGAGACAGAGAAAGAAUACAAAAACGUCAGUAAAACAACGUGCAGGUCAAUCCUUUAGGAGAAUUUGUUUUUUUAUGUAAAAUUGUUAAAAGAUUACGACUUUGAACUUUUGGAUAUCUUUUGAAUCCAAUGUUUCAAGUUGUGAUCUAUUAAAAGAAAAAAAAGAGAAAAAAAAGAUAUAGGCAAGCUUAAACGGAACCAAAUCUUAUUUUUUAUUGGAUUCAAUUCGAAAGAAAGGGAAAGUUUGACGAAUUAUAAAAAUGGGCUCCACGAAACAAGAAGAUAGAUUACUCAACGUUGGAAUAUCUUUGCCACAGUGGAUCAAAGGCCAAACCAAGAAUAGAAGAAAUUUAAACCAAUUGCAAUGUUGUGAUUUCAACGACACCACGUUUAGUCCACCAUCUCACGACGACAACUUCUUUUACAUACGAUAUCCGAAGACACAAAAUCGAUCAUUGGUUUCGCAAGAAUAUCGGCCGAUUGACGAAGUUUUUGGCGAACAAAAUAUUACUUCAUCAACGAAUAAUGUGAAAGUACAGGAUACGCAACAACAACAGUUUAUUGAGAAGAAGAAAAAAAAUAAGGAAAUUGAUUUCAGCAAGCAUCCCUUACCUUGUCAACCGUUUAUACCAUCAACUUCAACAGCGAACAAAGAAAACGGAAUUAAAUCAAGUCCGAAGGUAUUACUGACCGAUAAUACGAAGAUUACAAAAUCACAGGGAGUAGAUGAUGGAUUUCACGGCGAGCCAGCACUUUGUGGAAAGUCAAUUGUUCUUGUAGCUAAUCAGAUGAUGUCUAACAAAUUUCACGAGACUAUUUCGGCCGAGCAGGCCGCCAGUCAACCCAGAAGAGGAAGCAAAUCUUUACCAGUCACUCCAGUCGCUUCGCCAUCAGGCAGUCCAAGCGGUUCGCCUAAGGCUCGUCGUCGUGUUUCUUCGAAUCGAUACUUUGCAGGAGCAUCCCUUCUUGAUCGCGAGAAAUAUCAGGGAGGUUGGAUCUUGGCAAGCAUCUUCGGACAAUCUAGGGAAUUCGUUACUGGCAAGAUCGAAGAAGAAGAGGACGAAGCAAACAUCGAAGCCGCAACUGCUCCACUUAGAUCGCUUGCUCGGAAGAAAUCCAUUUCGUCGCAAAAUCUUACAUAUGUAGGAAGCGAUGAGAAAUCAGAAAAAUCAGCUGCCUACCCAAAUGCAUUUCGAGCAAAAUCAUCGCAAUUAAGAGAAAUGAAUUUCUGGUCCCCAACAUCAAUGUAAACCAAUGUAGUAAAUUGUUAUUGGUUUACAUCUUAAGCUUAGUUGAUUAAUAGUGAUUAAUUCGGAAAGAAGGAUUUUUUAGAAGAAAAGCACGAUAGGAAUAUAUAUAUAUAUAUUAUCGUCACUUUCUGAGUUUUUUAAAGUCAACGAAUGAACGCAUUGAUAAAACGAAAAAUACACGAAGAAGAGGAACAACUUUUUGCUCUUUACUUUUCAUGUAUUCUUAACAAUGUGCUUAUUAUAGUUAGUACAAUUAAUAUUUAAUAACGUAUUUGUGCCUAUUCUUUCUUUUUUCUAUUUUUUCGGCUUUUAAUUAAUGUUGUUAAACAAAAAUGUUCUUUCUUUAAUAGUCUUUCUUUAAUAGUGGAAUCCUAUCAUAAUGAUGAUGACAUAGAUCAGGAAUACAAAAUGAAAUACUCAUGUAUUGAAAACUAUGGUUUUCUUAUAAAGCCUCGAGGAGCGGGGGGAGGUACUUAUAUUCCGUAAAAACGAAACAUAAAAAUUAUUUUUAAAUGACCCAUCACUUGACAAACUUAACUAAUUACUCAAGAUGUUUCAUCUUUAAUUUUUAGAGAAGAAAAAAAAGUGAAGUAGGGGAAAAUGUUAUGUCAUAUGUAUACGUUUAUAUAUUAUUUUUUAUACUUAUAGAAUGCAAGUAAUCUUGGAAAAAAUAAAAUUACUUGAACGUUGACCAUUGUUCGAAAAGCCUAUGUUUUAAAAAAAAAUAGAUAAAAUGAAACAUGUACAAAUAUAUACAAAUUACAGUGCGCGAAGUCUGUGGAUGUUUUGAAAAUAAUGACUAUCGUGUAGUACCGAGUAAAUAGUUCAUUGAUAGUAAUAUAAUAUUUUUCGAUCGCGAUAACAUAAUUGUUAACAAACAUACUGAAACACUGAAAUGGAGAUGCUUUUAUUACGCAUUCGAGAACAUGAGGUCUAUUCGAAUAUGAAAAUUAUAGUAUCAAUUAACUUGUUAGGAUAAUGUAAAAAAUGGUGGAAUUAUUAAUUAAUGAUCUCGGCAUAUUAUUCCCGACAUUCCUACAGCUUGAGAUGGAGAAUUGUUAGGUAACUCUAUCCAUAUGUACGAUCUAUGUAAUCGAUAUGACAAGCGGUGACAUUAUUGGUGUUAAUGAUAUAUUACGGGAAUCACCUCGUAUGCUGUUGCAGUACAAUCAGCCAACAAAUUGUUAGUAUGUGUUAUUAACAAGAAUAUGUUCUACUGUAUUUUACAGAGAAAUAAUAAAUAAAUAAAACCUAUUGUAUCGAUAA